AUAUUUUUAUCGCCAAUCAGCGAUCACUCUUGUAAUCAGCCAAAUCAAAACUUCAAUCCCUCUCACCGCCAAUCUCGCCGGAAUGGACGCCCCCACGUCGGAGCCACCAUAUGGACCGCCGCCGCCGGUGCAAAGAAGCUACUGGAGGAGGUGGAGCAAGGAAGAUGUUUUUCCAGAAGAGUCAUUCCGGGACUGUUCAUCGUACAAAUAUGCUCUGUCGCAAACGUGUUCCCGGCUCAAGGACCGUCUUCUGGACCGCUCCUCCGACGCUAAUGAGCUCUUCGAACUUCCUAAGGCCAGCGAAGUCGGGAUGAAGAAAUGCCUCACUUGGUGGGAUUUGAUAUGGCUCGCUUUUGGUUCUGUAGUUGGUUCCGGCAUUUUCACGAUCACCGGCUUAGAAGCACGCGAUGAUGCCGGACCCUCAAUUGUGAUCUCUUACAUAGUUUCGGGCCUAUCUGCACUGCUCUCUGUUUUCUGUUAUUCUGAAUUUGCUGUCGAAGUUCCUGUCGCCGGAGGGUCGUUCUCUUUUCUUCGCAUCGAAUUGGGAGAUUUUAUUGCGUUCAUCGCUGCGGGGAAUAUCUUCUUGGAGGCAAUUGUUGGUGCGGCUGGACUCGGUCGGUCUUGGUCUUCCUAUUUUGCGAGUAUGAUCAACACUGAUAACCCCGAUUUUCUUCGGAUUAAGGCGAGUUUCUUGUCUGAAGGGUUUAAUCUUCUGGAUCCAAUUGCUGUUAUAGUGCUUCUUGUUGCUAAUGGUAUUGCUAUGAGUGGAACGAGGAGAACAUCUUUCUUGACAUGGAUAACUUCUAUAAUUAGUAGCUUGCUGAUUGCCUUUGUGAUUGUGGUUGGAUUUGUAAAAGGGAAUUCUGCAAAUUUGGUACCCUUUUUCCCUUUUGGAGCGAAGGGUGUUUUUCGAGCUGCAGCUGUUGUUUACUGGUCUUAUACUGGAUUUGAUAUGGUGGCCACCAUGGCUGAGGAAACCAAACAACCUUCAAGGGAUAUACCGAUAGGUUUGAUUGGGUCCAUGUCUGUGAUCUCUGUGAUCUAUUGCUUGAUGGCCUUGUCCUUAACAAUGCUGCAAAAGUAUACAGAGAUUGACAGGAAUGCAGCCUUUUCCGUUGCUUUUGAUAAAAUUGGGAUGACAUGGGCUAAAUACGUAGUUAGCAUAGUUGCUAUCAAGGGAAUGACUACAAGCUUGCUGGUGGGAUCAAUGGGACAGGCUCGCUACACCACACAGAUUGCUAGAGCCCAUCUGAUUCCACCCCUCUUCGCCUUAGUUCACCCGAAAACUGGAACUCCCGUAUAUGCUACACUUUUGACGACCAUAACUAGUGCAAUCGUUGCAUUUUUCUCCAGUUUGGACGUCUUAUCAAGUGUUUUUUCAUUCAGCACACUUGCCAUUUUUAUGCUUAUGGCUGUUGCAUUGCUAGUAAGGCGAUACUAUGUUAAGGACACAACACCAAGAAGUGAUUAUAUCAAGUUUCUGAUUUGUUUAUUUAUCAUUUUUGGUUCUUGUUUAACAUUGGCAGUAGUUUGGAAUUUGAAUAGGCAUGGAUGGAUUGAGUAUGUUGUGCCUGCCUUGAUUUGGUUCCUUAGCACGCUGGCUAUGUCGUUCCUUCCCAAGUAUCGAUCACCGAAGGUUUGGGGUGUCCCUCUUGUUCCCUGGCUCCCAUCACUGUCCAUAGGGAUGAAUCUCACUCUUAUUGGAUCUUUGGGUACCGUGGCAUUCUUAAGGUUCUUCAUUUGCAGCGCAGUAAUGCUUCUGUACUAUCUGUUUAUUGGCCUUCAUGCCACAUAUGAUGUAGCGCAUCAAGAUGGCUUGGGUUCCAAAAAUGAGGAGAGAAACGAUGAUGACAGUAGGGUGGUAUGACAUAUGUUGCAUUAUAUUAAUAUGUAAAUACCUUUCUAGUUCUCGAGUUAGAUGCCCAUUUUCAGCUUUUCUUCUACUACAAAUGGACGUUCUUUGUUGGCUAGCUAGAUGAGCCAUUUAGUAACAUAAGGAGAUAUCGUCAUAUUAAAUACAUUCAGAUGAUAUCCCAAUAGAUUUUUUUUUUCUGUCGAGCUAUUCAGUAAUCUAAGUUUUUGGUUUACUAGUUUGAAGUUGUUUUCUGAGAA